GGCGAAACCCUAGCUCGUCACGGUGGGCGGUGGGCGGCGGCGGGGGUGACGGCGCCGGAAUCGAGGAGGUAGCCCUGAUUUUUUUUUUUCAACUAAAAAGUUGUUGUGUUGUUCGCAUCACCGCACUGCACUGCCCGCAGCACCGGUGAUCGUCGUCUUCCAUCCUGCUCCACGCCAUAGCGCCGGUAGUUGUCGUCUUCCUUGAGCAGCCCCGCACCACACUGCACCACCGUGCUCGCCCUCCUCCCCAGAUCCGGCCAUGGGCAGAGGUCCUGGUGACCGUGGAGGUGGAGGGCCUGGUGACCGUUGAGGCGGAGGUCCUAUUGGCUGAGGGCGGCGUGGAGGUGUGCGUCGUCACGGAGCUCUACUGCAUGCUCUGCCUGGUGGAGAUGGACGUGCAAAUAGUGAAGGCCCUGCUGCUCAUCGUGCUCACCCUGCUUGUGCUACUGCUGCUGCUGCAGUGUGUUGUGCUCACUGAGGAAGCCCACCACCUCGACGUUACCAAUUCAAAGAAGAGAUUGCUGAGAGAGCUUGGCACAAAUGUUACAGAAGAUUUGGUUGUGCUGAUGCCAAAUUUGCUGUCAUUUUUGAAGCAUGAUGAUCCUGUGGUUGUUAAGCAAUCUAUAGCUAGUGGGACAAAUUUAUUUGCUGCUGUAUUGGAAGAGAUGACACUUCAGGUUAACAAGUGUGGAAAACUUGAAACUUGGCUUGAAGACGUGUGGGCUUGGAUGAAGCAGUUCAAAGAUGCAGUCUGUGGUGUGAUGAAUGAGCCAGGCCCUAUUGCAACUAAACUACUUUCUCUAAAGUUCAUUGAAACAUGGAUUUUGUGUUGCACACCUCAAGCCAACAGUGACCAAACACAGCCAACUGAAGGAAAAAACUGGAGAUUUGAUACUGCACGAUUAUCUCAAUUUCAUCCUAGCCUUGAUCCUGCUGUCUUGGAAGCUGAUGCACAUAGAGCUCUCCUCCUCCUCUUGGAUAUUCUUCGAACAGCUUAUGCCCAUCGAGGGUCCUUCCUAGUUGGCACCAUUAAUUCUCUUGCAGCAGUUGUAAAGAUCCGGCCAAUUUACUAUGACCGCGUGUUGCCAGUGUUGCUUGAUUUUGACCCUGGCUUGGAGACUGCAAAGGGGGCACAUUCAGCAAGCCUGCGGUAUGCCGUAAGAUCAGCUUUUUUGGGGUUUCUACGAAGUCCUCACCAGGCAAUGAUUGAGUCUAAAGACAUAUUAGUAAGGCGGCUGCGUGUUAUCAGCCCUGGUGAGGCAAUGGAACAAAAUAUUAGGCAGGCAGAGAAGAUGUCUAGAAAUAUAGAGCGUGCUUCUCGUGCUAUCAAGGAUGAGUCUACAUCAUGGGAGAUGCCUUAUGGAGAUAUUAAUCGGAAGAAACCUGCUGCCCGAUCAAGUGAUAUUCUUACUACGUCUGAUGGCUUAGCUAAGAGAGCAAGAUUUGACAUGUCUGCCACUUCAAAUCUUCCAGUUCUGGGAUCCUCUGAUUAUUCUGAUAUGCAGGCUGACGAUGGUUCCAGUGUGGGUCAUUUGUCUGAUCCAGCCAUAUUGAAUAACGACGUGUCUCCUGUCGAGAAGAUGAUUGAAAUGAUUGGUGCUUUACUUGCUGAAGGAGAAAGAGGAGCUGAAUCCUUGGGUAUUCUUGUCUCAACAGUAGAGGCAGAUGUCAUGGCUGACAUUGUGAUAGAAACAAUGAAACAUCUAUCAGAAGCUUCAUUUCAUUUAGCAACAAAUAACGGUGUCCAACAACUGAAUUUUAAAUAUUCCUCUGGUCUCCUAGCACAAAAUCUACCAGCCAAUUCAGACUCUUCACUGUUCACUGCACAAUCGACACCCACAGCAGAUGGAGUCAGCAUGUCACCAUCUGAAGCCUUUGUUAUGACUAGUGUUCAUGAUGCUAAGCGUGAUCCAAGAAGGGACCCUCGUCGCCUCGAUCCACGGCGGAUAGUUUCACCUUCUGCUUUAAAUUCGAUACAGGUGAAGAUGGAAACCAAUAGUGUGCAUCAAACAGAUAAUCUGUCGAACACACUCUACUCCAAUUCUGGGAAGUCUGAAAACUAUUCAGACUAUUCAGGAGAUUUACAAAAAAAUGAAGAUGAACAGCACUCAGCUUCUCAACCUAAUCAAACAAUUGCCAAAGAUAAGUUGGAGCUUCUGGAUGUUGCCACUGAACAGGAGCCGACAUCUGAAGUCGAGGCACCAGUGGAUGUCAGGAUUCAUUCUUCUGAUGUUGAAGAUAUGGUGAAACCCAUGACUGCAGAAGUUAUUUCACUUGACGAAUCUGAUAGUACGGAUUUAGAGGUUGACCCCUUUUUACCAGCUCCGGAGGCAUCAACACCAGAGGACACCAAUCAUGACUUGCCAGUUAUUACAUCUCAGUUGGAAUUAAGUGAAAAAGGGAAAAUCUCAAUUAACAAACUAGCCAUUGGGCGGAUACUCGAUGAUUACAAGAAAAAUAGUCUCAAUGCCAGAUUUUCUUUGCUUGCCCAUUUGAUUGCGCAGAGUGCUACUGAUGAUAACAUUAUGGAUUUGAUUCAGAGGCACAUUAUCUUUCACUCUCAUGAUCAGAAGGGGUAUGAACUGGCAAUGCAUGUGUUGUAUCAGCUGCGGAGUAUCAGUGUUGCUAAUUCGCCAGAAAGCUCUACCUCUACUUCUAAACAUUACGAGAAGUUCUUUAUAUCACUUGCGAGGUCCUUGAUUGAUUCACUGCCUGCUUCAGACAAGUCUUUUAGCAAACUUUUAUGCGAUGCACCAUAUCUACCUGAGUCUUCGUUUAGAUUACUGGAGGAUCUUUGCAUGUCAGAAGACAACAGCCAACAAUUAAAGGAUGGGGAUGGGGACCGUGUUACCCAAGGCCUGGGAACUGUAUGGAGCCUUAUCUUGGGUCGGCCUCCACUUCGCGAUGUUUGCUUGGAUAUUGCUCUGAAGUGUGCUGCCCACUCUCAAGAUGAAGUCAGGGGAAGGGCAGUUAGAUUGGUUUCAAAAAGGCUCUAUGAUCUACCAUAUGCAACAGAAAAAAUAGAGCAGUUUGCCAUAGAGAGUCUUGUGGGAGUCACUAGUGAGCAUACUGUGGACACAGAUAUUAAUUUGAAAUCCUUGAAAGAAUCUACAGCUGAGAUUGAGGUAGGCAGCCAGGGAACUUCAGUUAGUGGCUCCCAGAUCCCAGAUACUGAGCUUUCUGAAAACGAACCAUUCAAGCCAUCAUUGGUUUCACCAAAACAGUCAGCAUUAUCUGUAUCUGAGGCAAAACGCCGUACUUCUUUGUUCUAUGCACUUUGCACCAAGAGACCUAGUCUUCUUCAACAUCUGUUCAAUGUUUAUGGAAGGUCUCCAAAAGUUGUCAAGCAGUGUAUCCAUUGGCAUAUGCCCAAUCUUAUAAGAAAUCUUGGGCCCUCGUGUCCUGAGAUGCUGAACAUAAUUCAUAAUCCACCUGAAGGCAGUGAAUAUCUUAUUACCUUGACACUGCAAACAUUGACCGAAGAUUCAAAUCCUUCAGCCGACCUAGUUGCUGCUGUUAAACAAUUAUAUAAUACCAAGCUGAAGGAUGCAUCUAUCCUCAUUCCCUUACUGCCUUCAUUUCCAAAGGAGGAGGUAUUGCCUAUAUUUCCGAGGCUAGUUGAUCUCCCGCUUGAGAGAUUCCAAGACGCACUUGCUCGGAUACUGCAGGGAACUGCUCAUACUGGUCCAGCAUUGACUCCUGCUGAAGUUCUGAUUGCAAUUCAUGAUAUUAACCCAGAAAAAGAUAAAGUUGCCCUAAAGAAGGUCACGGAUGCUUGCACGGCUUGCUUUGAGCAACGUACGGUAUUUACUCAGCAGGUUUUGGAGAAGUCACUCAAUCAAUUGGUUGACAGAAUACCAAUUCCUCUUCUUUUUAUGAGAACAGUUAUUCAAGCGCUUGAUGCUUUCCCUGCUUUGGUUGAUUUUGUCAUGGGAAUACUCUCCAGGCUCGUCAAUAAACAGAUAUGGAAAAUGCCAAAGCUAUGGGUUGGGUUUUUGAAAUUGUCAUUCCAGACUCAGCCACGUUCUUUUGAUGUCUUAUUACAGCUACCUCCACCACAACUUGAGUUUAUGUUGAAUAAAUAUCCCAAUCUUCGGACACCUCUUUCUUCCUUUGUUAAUCAGCGGAAUAUGCAUACCACCUUGCCCAGACAGAUUUUGAACAUUCUGGGGUUUUUUAGUGAACCACAGCAGACACCAAUGACGUUUGUGCCUGCUACAUUACAAACAGCGGAUGCAACCUCCUCUCUUCCUGGUGCAACCCUGAUGUGAAUAUAAUGUUGUGGAAGCCAUCAGAUGCAAGAAAGGUCGAUGCACAUACAGAUCUUCAUAGACAAUAGUGCGCAGAAUGGACGGAUCAUCAAUGAAGAUUGCUGCCCCUCUGAUGUGUACUAUUUUGCAAUGGCUGGUUAUAAUCAACUCCGCAUGGAGAAUGGGAGAUGCUGACAGGAGCCAACCGAGGUGAUUGUGUCCUGGAGAUCAGAGUUUUUUCUCCUGUGGAACGGAAGUCAUCCAACUUGUAUAGUAGCUUUACUAUUGUGGCUAAAUGUAGUCCCGUUGUCGUGGUUCUGGGAGUCUGGCCCUUGCAGGCAGAGGCAAAGGAAAAAGGACGGAGAAGGCUGUUUAAAGCAAGUCAGAUUACAGCUGCUGCAUUCAUUUCAUUGGGAGCAGGAUUUGACUAAUUUACUCUAACCAUUGUUGUAACAAUUUGUCUGUAUACAUUAGUUAAUAAUUGAGUUUUUGCUGCUAGUGUUAGGGCAUUCCCAAUGGGUAGUUUUUAGAGGUAGUUUCCAAGAGCAAUUAAUGUAGUAAAUGCAAUGUCUAUCCAAAGAAAAUUUAAAUGCAUCACAAAAUAGCAAUCAUACAACAACACUGUUAUUGAGAGCUAUCCCUUCAUCGUCA